AUGGCAGCAGAGCAAGGUGAGGGAGUGAAGGUGGUGCCGAGAAUGAAGCUGGGUUCACAGGGCCUGGAAGUAUCAGCUCUGGGACUGGGGUGUAUGAGCAUGUCCGCCUUCUACGGCCCGCCCAAGCCCGACGCCGACAUGGUCACCCUCAUCCACCACGCCGUCCACUCCGGCGUCACCUUCCUCGACACCUCCGAUAUCUAUGGACCCCAUACCAACGAGAUCCUCAUUGCCAAGGCGUUGAAGGGAGGGGUGAGAGAAAGGGUAGAGUUGGCAACAAAGUUUGGAAUAACUUUUGGUGAUGGGAAGAUUGAAGUGCGUGGAGACCCAGCCCAUGUGCGGGCUUCAUGUGAGGCGAGCUUGAAGCGCCUCCAACUUGAUUGCAUUCAUUUAUACUAUCAACACUGGGUUGACACACGUCUGCCCAUUGAAGUCACGAUGGGGGAACUUAAGAAGCUAGUUGAAGAGGGUAAAAUAAAAUACAUAGGUCUAUCUGAGGCUUCAGCUUCCACAAUCAGAAGAGCCCAUGCUGUUCAUCCAAUUUCAGCAGUGCAAUUGGAGUGGUCUUUGUGGUCAAGAGAUGUUGAGGAAGACGUAAUUCCUACUUGCAGAGAGCUAGGAAUUGGGAUUGUUGCGUACAGUCCAUUAGGUAGGGGAUUUCUAUCGUCAGGUCCAAAGCUGGUUGAAAAUUUCUCAAAUGAUGAUUACCGAAAGUGUUUACCAAGGUUCCAAGCUGAAAAUCUUGAACAUAACAAAAGGUUUUAUGAAAAGAUUGUUGAAAUUGCUGAAAAGAAAGGAUGUACUCCCUCACAACUAGCAUUAGCCUGGGUGCACCAUCAGGGGAAUGAUGUAUGCCCCAUUCCAGGUACCACUAAGAUUGAGCACCUCAACGAGAACAUCGGUGCAUUGUCUGUGAAGUUGACACCAAAAGACAUGGCCGAGCUUGCAAAAAUUGGCUCAGGUGAUUCAGUCAAAGGUGGUAGGUAUUCCCCUGGUGUCAGAACUUGGAAAAAUUCAGAUACCCCUCCAUUGUCAACAUGGAAAGAUGUGUGAUGGAAUUGCCUAUACAAGCAGCAUUUUGUAAUGGUAUGGGAGAUGUUUUUGAGUGUUACCUUUUGAGAAUUAGAACCAUGUUAGGGUAGGAUGCAUGACAAUGGUUUUAGAUUAAAGUAAUAAAGAUCACCAGGUCAUCACAUUUUGUUAAAUGGGUCUUUGGGGGACUAAU